AUGGCCACACGAGCGCUUGAAGCUCGCUUCGAGCACUUAUCAGUAAACGACGAGAACGACCCCGACAGCGGGGUCCAGGUAUACCAGAAACCAAAGUCAACAACAAGCCAGCUUGCCCACAGUAGCAGCAGACCAAACCUGUACAAGGUGGCGCUGCAAUCGCAAAACUCAACCACAGUUACCACAACAGUGACGCUCCCAUCACAAGCCGCGCAAUGGAAGGGGUCCAACCAGGCAGGCAACCCGGCGUCUCCCGGAAAGAAGGACAAGACGGCGGCGCCGUCGUCGUCGUCGUCGCUGUCUUCAGGCCCUCGCAGCAGCACCGACGAGCUGGCGCUGACGGAGCGCAAGUCGGCGUCGUACGUGGACCAGCCGCUGACGCCCAAGCAGUUCCACCUGGGCAUGUUCGAGAUCGGGCGGCCGCUGGGCAAGGGUAAGUUCGGGCGCGUGUACCUGGCGCGGGAGCGGGGCAGCAACUUCAUCUGCGCGCUCAAGGUGCUGUACAAGGCGGAGCUGCAGCACGGGUCCGGGGUGGAGAAGCAGGUGCGGCGCGAGAUUGAGAUCCAGAGCAACCUGCGGCACCCCAACAUCCUCAAGCUGUACGGGCACUUCCACGACAGCAAGCGCAUCUUCUUGAUCCUCGAGUUCGCCGGCAAGGGGGAGCUGUACAAGCACCUGCGGCGCGAGAACCGGUUCCCCGAGUGGAAGGCGGCGCAGUACAUUGCGCAGAUGGCGUCGGCGCUGCGGUACCUGCACCGCAAGCACGUCAUCCACCGCGACAUCAAGCCCGAGAACAUCCUCAUGGGCAUUCACGGCGAGAUCAAGAUCUCCGACUUCGGCUGGAGCGUGCACGCGCCCAACAACCGCCGCGCCACCCUGUGCGGCACCCUCGACUACCUGCCGCCCGAGAUGAUCAAGUCGGGCAGCAACGACAACUGGUACACGGAGAAGGUCGACCUGUGGAGCCUCGGCGUGCUGACGUACGAGUUCCUGGUCGGCGAGGCCCCCUUCGAGGACACCCCCGUCAUGACCCACAAGCGGAUAGCCCGCGCCGACAUGACCGUCCCCGAGUGGGUGAGCAAGGAGGCCAAGGACCUGAUCAAGAAGCUCUUGGUGCUCGACCCCGAUAAGCGCCUCCCCCUCGAGGAGGUCCAGAACCACCCGUGGAUCAUCAAGCACUGCGUCAAGGGAGAGCGCGUGUCGAACCGCGAAAAGGCCCAGGGCAAGUAG